AUCUAAAAAUUUCUUUGAAGGUGAGGGUUCAAGAAUGGUUAGAGAAUUGUUCGUGAUGGCACGAGAACAUGCCCCUUCCAUCAUCUUCAUGGACGAAAUUGAUUCCAUCGGAUCAUCUCGUAUCGAGUCUGGAAGCGGUGGAGACUCUGAGGUUCAACGUACCAUGUUAGAAUUGCUUAACCAGUUAGAUGGUUUUGAAGCCACAAAAAAUAUCAAGGUGAUUAUGGCUACUAAUCGCAUAGAUAUCUUGGAUCCAGCCCUGUUACGCCCUGGACGUAUUGACCGUAAGAUUGAAUUCCCUGCUCCCAAUGAGGAAGCAAGAUUGGAUAUCCUGAAGAUUCACUCUCGCAAAAUGAACUUGACCAGAGGCAUCAAUUUACGAAAGAUUGCUGAAAUGAUGCCUGGUGCUUCAGGAGCUGAAGUCAACGUCUGCACAGAGGCAGGCAUGUAUGCCCUUCGAGAGCGACGCGUCCAUGUCACUCAGGAAGAUUUUGAGAUGGCUGUUGCAAAGGUCAUGCAGAAGGAUAGCGAGAAGAAUAUGUCUAUUAAGAAGCUAUGGAAGUAAUUUGUGUGUGGUAUUAAUUCAUUGUCCAUCAAUAUUACUGUAUCUUAUGACUAUAUCUAUAUUUAUCAGCUGGAAUUGGAGUAGGUAGAUGAUGUUUCUUAUUUAGGUAAUCUUGACAAAGUAUUGAAUAAUAAAAUUAAUGGAAAA